GGCACACCGUAUUACAUGUCGCCAGAACGGAUUCAUGAAAAGGGCUACGAUUUCGCCUCGGACAUCUGGUCCUUGGGUUGUCUUCUUUAUGAGAUGGCAGCACUUCAAUCCCCAUUCUACGGGGAACAAAUGAAUUUGUUCGACCUGUGCCAAAAAAUUGACCGAGGCGAUUACGCUCCCCUUCCGGGGACAAUUCAUUCUUUUGAGCUCCGCGGUCUGGUGGACGCUUGCAUACGAACAGAUCCCCGGGAGAGACCGUCUAUCGGUCGAGUUCUGCAGGUGGCUAGUCGAAUGCAUGAACGCCUGAACGGCACAUUCAAACAUGCAACCUGCUCAGAUUUCAUCGAACGCCCAAACUCAGCCAGUGCCACACAAUCGGGAUCACUCAUGCCGGACUCGCCUGCACUACCCUCGGGAUCAUAA